CUCACUAGCGUCCAUGAGGAGGGUAGGAGGAGUGAACAUGGCAUUGCAGAGUGCCGGGGAUACCUUGAAUAAACAAUUCAGUCAAGCGACUGACUGCAGGACUCAAGAGCAGAAGAAAACCGCGCAUGUGGGGAAUAGACGCUGUCAGCCCCAGUCAUCUUUCCGUUUUCCUACAUCUGAAUUGUUCGCAGAGAGAAAUAUCAUAUGCGCGCCUCCCUAAAUGCAGCAUAAUUUUCAACUGGAUUCUCUUCAUCCGAGCAGGACCGUCACCAGCUGACCUUGUGGACAGAUGUGGCAGUGAUUUUAUUCACAACCCUGGAGCUUUGAAGUACAGAACCAGUGCCAUGGAAUCCCACAAGACUUGACUGCAUUACAAUCCUGUACUUUUCUUAACAAUGGCAAACAUGAUUAUAAACAAUAGUCUUGCCUCCUGUAUGGGGGAAUGGUUUGUGAAUCUACAUUAGGCCUUACUUUUACCUAAAAAAAAACAAGGUUUGGAAGCUAAAAACUGUAAGGUCUCUUGGUAGAACAUAAGAGAACGAUUUCCCCCUCUAUUGUAGUGGCCAACCAUACAAAGGACUAUAGUAUUGAACAUGACUCAUGGGGAAGAGCCUGGCCCUGAAACACACCAGGAUUCUGCUGUAUUAACAUAUCUGGAAGGUUUACUCAUGCAUCAGGUAGCAGGAGGACAGGGUGCGGCAGCAACACAGAGUGGAAGCCAAGAGCAGAAGAAUAAGGACGGCGGGACAGAGCAUGCACAGCCCAAUGGCACUCGACAGGAGCAGAACCGAACAAAUUCCCACUGUGGAGCCUCGCAGCACCUCAGAAAGGCUCGUCUACUCAACUCAGAGGCCUGGACAGAGAGUGAGACUCAACGGAGAACAGCACCUUCCGUUUCACUGAACGGGCAAAGUGAAGACCACCACAGUGGCCAGAAUGGCUCCUCACAGGAUAAAGGAGAGAGUACACUUCUAGCUAGUUUGCUGCAGUCUUUCAGUUCUCGACUUCAAAACGUGACCCUGCCACAGCAGAUUAUCCAAGGCUUGAGGCCACUGGAUGCCCCCUGCCAGAUAAGCAAGCCUGCACAAGAGGACAGUGCAGAUGUGCCUUGCCACAGACCUGCCUUGAGCCACCUCAAAGGGUUAGUGAGCAAGAGCAAAAUGCAGAAUCACAGCAACAGUGUGCCUUAUCAACGUCGACGGUCUAGCCAGGAAAGCUUUUCAGAAUCCCCUAAGGCACUGCAGAACAGUACUCCCUCCCCAUCUCCAGAGUCUCUAUCUUGUACAGAGCGCCUAAAAGCCGUGGCAAACCUGGUAAAUAUCAGAUCCAGUCCCGCUCCAUCACCCAAACCAAGUGUGGCAUGUAGUCAACUGGCUCUUUUGCUCUCCAGUGAGGCCCACCUGCAACAGUACUCUCGAGAACAUGCCCUUAAAACCCAACUCUCUGGACGAUCAGCUAGUGAAAGACUAUCAGCCAUGGCCACACAGCAGACACAAGAUAAACAACCUACAACUUCAGGCCAGUCUCAUGGACUAAGCCUCUUACACACCAAGAACGGAAUACCUUCUUCACAACUGUUGUCAACAAGCUCCAGCAGACAGAGUCCAGGCCUAACUUCAGGGCAAAGAAGGACAGAAAGUUCCAUGCGGACAGGACAUCGCUUUCGGGAGCGUCGACCUUUUGAGAAACAAGGCAGACCAUCACAGAACUGCAGCAGUCUCCUACUUCAGCUUCUCAACAGUCACAACACCUCACAGCGAAUUAAUGGACAGGGUCACUUGAAAGAUGACCUCUGUACCCUUGGCACUCUGGCCUCUCCGCUUUUUUCAGACAGCGAGCACUCAAACCCUGACAGCAGUCUAACAAAAGACAGCAGUGAUGCUGAGAGCACUUACUCUAGUUGCUCUCCUAUUGACCUUUCUUUAAAGAGCAGAACAAAUGUACAAACACCAGUAUCUACUUCGUCCUCACCUGUACUGGACAGAAUCCCAGAGUCUUCAUUAAAUAGGUGGAAGCCUGAGAGUCCACCUGUCAAAGUGGAUGCAUGUCCAGAGAUGAAACCUCAUCACAAGGUCACUCUAUUACAGUUGCUCUUGGAUCACAAAAAUAACGAGAGAGCAAACAAAGGUCUGGAUAAUCCAGAUUUGCUGCAUGAUGUAAUCCCUAAGGUCACUAGUGCAUCUACAAGUAGCCAGAGUGUUUUCAGUACAGCUAGGUGUAACGACACAAGUGAACUUAGUGGCCACUGUGGAUUGAGUUGUAGAAGUCCCAAACUUUUGCCAACGUACACCCAAAGCCGAGAAUCCAACAGCAGUGCAUCUCCAUAUACACUUUAUGGGUCUCCCCAUUCUCAGUCUGUCCCCUUAGAUCUUUGUAAAGCAAAACAAUCCACAAGUGAUGUAAGAGUAAAAGAACCUGCCUUUAGUGCUAGUAAACUGUUACAGAAUUUAGCUCAGUGUGGAAAACAAAACCCUGACAUUUCUCCUCCAGCGAAGGCAACUUUACCCCCUAUCAAACUCAUGACCCAAGAGCUGAAAGUUAACCAUCCUCCAACUUUACUUGAAAGACUCACUGCGCCAAUUCAAAGUAAUAACCCACUGUGGGAAGAGGCCAAGGCAAAAACUUCAACUGCACCUGAAGCAGCACAGCAUGUCUCAGAAAUUGAGAAUCUGCUUGAAAGACGUACAGUUCUUCAGCUUCUUCUGGGCAAUGCUCCUCAGAAUGAAAAGGUAGGCAGUAAACGAAAACGAGAACAUGGCAAGACCAAUUCUUUGGAAAACCGAACACAUCAGGCAAUAGGCCAAGCAAAUGGUCCUCCUUUGGAUAUUACAAUAAAAACUGAGCCAGUUGAUGAGGGUCAUAUGUAUGACUAUAACAAAAUAUCAAAGCAAUGCCAGAAUUCAGGGUUGGAGCCUAGAAAAGGCACCAGUUAUCAUUCUCACGAAAACAUCAAGCAAGAACCACUGUCCCCAGAGGCUUCCACCAGAGAUGGUCUUCUCUGUCACCUCCUAAAGAAACGACCCAACAAAACCCUUCAGCCAAACAAGUUAGAGGACCUGAACAGGGGUUGUGUCAAAGAAGAAUCAGUUGAAAUCCAGGGACCAACGAUCCCAAAGAAGCGGAAAUUUUCGGUAGAACUAGAAUAUCAUAACUCCUCGAGUCACCAGGCCAGGGAUUUGCAGCAUUCUGGUAUCAUAAAAGAAGACGACAGUGGUUGUUUUGCUGCUGGACAUCUAGAGACCAGAGAGACAAGAGAGGCCAGAGACCCAUCUAGCCCCCCAGAGGCAGACAGUCCACCAGCUAAAUUUCCACCAAAUGAGUCUAAUGAAAACCGAAGUUUCAAUGUUCUAAAGCAGCUGCUUCUUUCAGACAACUGCUUGAAGGAAUUGUCUCAGCCCAGGGGUACAUUCAGUUCAUCGUCACAUGCUGUGCUGAAUGGGAAUACAAUCAAGCAACCAUGUAAUGAAGGUGAGCUUCAAAACUUUCACCAGAGCCUGAGCCCCAGCAAUGCAUCUCCUAAAAAAGCAAGCGUUCAUAGGCAAGAAUCUUCCCAUUUUACACAGCAGGAGCCUGCGAGGUCAAAAAUCGAUUACAGCAUCAUAAAGGAUUUGAAGGGCCCUGCAAGGAUGGUUAAUGGAGACGAUCAAACACAAAAGUAUGGGCUAGACUCACCUCGGUUUACCAAGACUAACCCUAUUUUGUAUUAUAUGCUCCAGAGGAGCAAUGCACAACUGGUUAAAGAGGGGGAGGGGCUGGAGGCAGGCUCGAGACAAAUGCAGACAAAGGUCAAAAACGAGUCGUCAGGUAAUACUGAGGCCUUUGAACUUUGAAACAAAAUUCACAGAAUUACCAUGGAACACUUAGUUGUGACUCACCACGGCUACACGGGUCAUUGAAAAAAGUACUAGUUUUGAGUUUGUGAACCAGUAUCUGUGCUUGAACUAGAAAUGUGUUUAUUCUCUCAACUUACCUUAUUGCUUCUUUUGUUUCUAUUGAGGCAUCACACAUUUUUCACCUGAAUUACAUGUCAUUUAGUUCACAAAAAGACCAUGAAACCAAAGUUAAUUUGAAUAUUUCUAAGCACUGCUUUCUGGCUGAUUUCUUUCUUACAUUCUAAGCAGCAAAGGAAAUACGGUUUCUAUGAAAGGUGUGUGACAGAUUUGCCCUCAUGUAUUCGUAACAAUAUCAGUUCCCACUCCGUUUUCCACACAUGGUUAGACUUUUGGCCUCAGGCAGUGAGUUAUGAUGCAACAAUGCACAUGACAAUCUGUAUAAACAGAUUGUGCCUCAACAGUUGUUAGUGAAUAUUCUUCAAUUUACCAUGAUGAAACGAAGAAAUAACUAUGUAUUGUUACUUUUGUCUAUGCCUGGAAGGCUUGUCACCAUAUUUAUACAUUGAAGUAAAUGAAAUCGGCCUUUUAAAAAAAGAUAGGCAUCUCUAAUUGGUUCUGUAUUGUUCGGAUAAACUAACAGCAGUUUUAAAGCUGUAUAUCUUCAUGUUUGGAUAAUAUGGAAUAUGAAUCCAUCAGUGUUAAAACAUGGUGUCUUGAUAUCUAUAUGGUAUGUGAAGUGUGUAUACUUUAUCAAUCUCCUCUUUAAUUUAUCUCUUUCUUCCAUUGAAAACAAUGUUGUGAUGUGCUUUAUUCUUUAUUCCGCAUUCUCAGCAUUUACCUGUCAAGACAGCAUUGGGUUUUUACAAUACUCUAGAAGAUGAUGAAUGAAAAUCACAAGAGUUACUACAAAUGACUGCUUUUUCCCCCCUCAUAUGUUUUGUAUUUGUGUAUUUUAUGAACAGGUCUUGGUAUUAGCAUGUCAUAAAAUGUUGUUCUAUUAUGCAAGAGAUUGUUGCAUCGACUUGAGACAAAUCAUCCCAAUCUCAGCUGUCUGUCAUGUUAAUAGACAUGUUGAUCUAAUAAAGGGAGUGUUUGUGAUAUUAAGGCCAUUCCCACAGAAAUGUUUGCUCAUGUGAUGUUUUGCAGUCUUACAUUUGACAUGUUGUUUUUCAUCAAUUUAAAGACUCGUUAUAAACUAUAUUUAUGUACAUAGCAUAAUCUUUAUGAAAGACAGCUAUUUUGUAUGAAUGAAAAGCAUUUUAGUUUUGAAAUUUCUUAAAGAGACUUCAAAGUAAAUGCCAUGUGAAUAUGUACUUUAGAGGAUGAUUUUUGUCCUUCUUUUGCAUGUGUCUCCUGAUUAAACUAUGAUAAUCUGUUCUGCAAAAUUUUGUGUUAUGUCAGAUAUUUAAGAGUACACUGCUGCCUGUUGCAUGCAGAUGCAUGAGAAGGUUCCUAUGUAUUACUGGACAUGGGGAAAUUCAAAGUCUUAAGCAUAUAUGUAUAUAUCCCAAUACAUAAAAAUGUGAUCUGUAUGUUUGUCAUGAGAAAUAGACCGCUGGGCAAAAUGUUUGAACUUUUGAAACAAAUGUGCAUAUGAAGAUAUUUAUUUUGUUUUUACUCAAUUUUAUUUUUUACAAGGAGAAAACCAAACAAACAGGUAAACAAUCAUGUUCCGUACUGUACAGUACAAAGAUGGAUUACACUGAUGCUUCAAAGACUUCUAUUGGUUUUAAAAUAUUGUUUUGAUGCAGGCUAACUGCAACACAUUUGAGUAUUAUUGUGUAUCAUUAUUUCUAAAAAUACAUUUCAUUUGGGUGUUUACUUGCACAGAUUUUGAAUAAAGUUCUGAAAUGCACAAUCAGAAUAAA